GCCGCCACCCCCACUCCGCCCUCCGCCGCCAGAUUCGCGCCCCCGCUCCCUCCGCCCCCAGCGCCACCGUCCCCGGCGAUCUACAGGAGUAGAUCGCCGCCGGACAGCCCCAGCCCCCGACCAUGUCGACAUUCGCCAAGCCCGAGAACGCUCUCAAGAGAGCGGAGGAGUUGAUACAUGUUGGACAAAAGCAGGCAGCGCUGCAGGCGCUGCACGACCUCAUCACUUCAAAAAGAUACAGGUCGUGGCAGAAGCCUCUCGAGAAGAUCAUGAUGAAGUACGUGGAGCUGUGCGUCGAUCUGAGGAAAGGCAGGUUUGCCAGGGACGGCCUUAUUCAGUACAGGAUUGUCUGCCAGCAAGUCAACGUGUCCUCCUUGGAGGAGGUCAUAAAACACUUUAUGCAGCUCUCCAAUCAGAAAGCUGAGGAAGCAAAGUCGCAGGCGCAGGCCCUGGAAGAUGCGCUGGAUGUCGAGGAUCUGGAAGCCGAGCGUCCGGAGGACCUGAUGCUCAGCUAUGUUAGUGGGGAGAAAGGGAAGGACCGAUCUGACAGAGAGUUUGUCACUCCUUGGUUCAAGUUCCUGUGGGAGACGUACAGGACGGUGCUCGAGAUACUGAGGAAUAAUUCAAAGCUUGAAGGACUAUACGCGAUGACUGCGCACAAGGCUUUUCAGUUCUGUAAGCAGUAUAAAAGGUCCACAGAGUUCCGCAGAUUGUGUGAGAUUAUUAGGAACCAUCUUGCAAAUUUGAACAAAUAUCGUGACCAGCGAGAUCGUCCUGAUCUGACUGCCCCUGAGACCAGCAAGCUGUACCUUGAUACUAGGGUUGAACAACUGAAAAUUGCUACAGAACUCUCCCUAUGGCAGGAAGCUUUCCGAUCUGUGGAGGAUAUCCACAGCUUGAUGAGCUUAGUUAAGAUAACUCCAAAACCGUCUGUCCUGGUCGUAUAUUAUGCCAAACUAACUGAAAUAUUUUGGAUAUCGGAGAGCCAUUUGUAUCACGCAUAUGCAUGGCUGAAGCUUUUCAACUUACAGAAGAGCUUCAAUAAGAAGUUAACUCAGAAGGAUCUGCAGUUACUAGCAUCUUCUGUUCUGCUUGCUGCACUUUCUGUGACACCAUAUGACCAUAAAUAUGGUGCGUCUCACCUUGAGCUUGAAAAUGAGAAAGAGCGUAGCUUUCGUAUGGCCAACCUUGUCAAUUUCUCCCUUGACUCCAAGCGUGAGAACAGAGAAAUGGCUUCAAGGGCAUCUCUUCUUGCUGAGUUGGCUGCCAAAGGGGUGAUUUCUUGUGCUUCUCAAGAUGUGAAAGAUCUAUACAACCUUAUGGAGAAUGAGUUCCUUCCUCUGGAUCUUGCAUCAAAAGUACAGCCGCUGCUUUCCAAAAUCUCUAUGAUUGGAGGAAAGCUUUCAGCUGCCUCUUCAGUUCCAGAAAUUCAGUUAUCGAAGUACCAAUCUUCAUUGGAGAAGCUUACGGCACUGAGGGUGCUGCAGCAGGCAUCUCAGAUUUUCCAGUCCAUGAAAAUUGAUAUGCUCUCUAGAAUGAUCCCAUUCUUUGACUUCAAUGUUGUGGAGAAGAUAGCUGUUGAUGCUGUGAAGCACAAUUUUGUUGCUAUGAAAGUUAACCAUUUGUCUGGAGCUGUUCAUUUUGGCAACAUGGACAUAGAAUCUGAUGGUCUUAGUAGUCACCUUAGUGUGCUUGCUGAUUCCCUAAACAAAGCAAGGUGUCUUAUUCAUCCACCUGUGCAUAGGCCAUCCAAGCUUGGUGAGAACUUGAAUAGUCUUGCUGGAGUGGUUGAGAAAGAACAUAAAAGGCUUCUUGCGAGAAAGUCAAUUAUUGAAAAACGCAAAGAAGACCAUGAGCGCCAAAUAUUGGAGAAGGAGAAAGAAGAGGAGACAAAGAGAUUGAGUAUUCAGAAGAAAUCUGCAGAUGACGAAAGGGAGAGGCUUCAGAAGGAGCAGCGAAAUAGGGAGAAGCAGAGGAUACAAAAAGAAAUACUGGAGAAAGAUAAGAAGGAAGCAUCAUUAAUGAUCAAUGAUAAUAUAAAACUACCAAAGAAUAAGAAAAAACAUUUCACUGAAGGGGAGCUAACAAAACAAGGCGCCAUGGAGCUGUUAUUGAGUCGGCAACUAAAGGAGCGUCAGGAGAUAGAAAAGAAGGUGCAGCUGCUUGCAAAAAAAAUGGAUUACUUGGAGAGGGCAAAACGACAGGAGGAAGCACCACUGAUAGAGGAAGCCUUCCAGAAACGCCUCGAGGAAGAGAAGAUCCUGCAUGAGCAAGAGCAGUUGAGAGAGAUUGAGCUUAGCAAGCUGCACCAUGCGGGUGACUUGCAGGAGAAAAAUAGGCUUUCUCGAUUGUUGGAGCAUAAGAAUGCUUUCCAGGAAAGAAUUGUGCAACGUCGUGAAGCUGAGUUUAGUAGCCUAAGGAAAGAGAGGGAUGAAAGGGUCAAUCAGUUGAUAUCUUCAAGAAAGCGUGAAAGGGAAACUGUACGGAAAUUGAUGUAUUAUCUGAACCUGGAGGAACAGCGGAUCCAAAGGCAGCGCGAAGAAGAUGAGGCUAAAAAACGUGAAGAUGAAGAGAAGAGGAAGAGGGAGGAAGCAGAGAAGAAAGCCAAGCUGGACGCAAUUGCCGCUAAGCAGGCACAGAGGGAAAGGGAGAUGGAAGAGAAGGCGCAGAGGGAAAGGGAGGCUCUCUUGAGAGGUGCGGAGCCCCUGCGCGCACCUGAUGUUGCUGCUCAUGCUGUUGCACCACCAGCUCGUGAACCAGCAGUGGCAGCUCCAGCUGCAGCAGCGGCUGCGCCUGCUCCUGCUCCUAGCAGGUAUGUCCCAAAGUUCAAACGGGGCGGCGACAGCAGCAGCCAGAGGCCUGCAGCUGCACCUGAACAAGACCGCUGGGGCUCCCGUGAUGACCGUCCUCGCCCUGAUGCACGUCCCCUCCGCCAGGAUGCCCCUCCUGCACGCCAAGAGGCACCCCCUUCCCGCCUUCCUGCACGACAGGAGGUGCCCGCUGCCCGCCUUCCUGCACGCCAAGAGGCUCCCCCUGCCCGCCAGCUGGAUGGUGCUCCUGCUGCUCCUUCAACUGACCGCUGGCGUCCUGGUGGAUCUAGACCCUCUGCAAAUACUUCAUCUACUCCGCCGUCUGCCCCUUGGAGGCGGAGCUGAAACUGCCUGCACUCAGAACGUGCUCUGCCAGCUGGUUGAGAUUUUUGCCGUCUUUCAAGCGCAGGAGCUUCGCACACAAUACCCGCCUCUGAUACCUGGAAGUAUGGUUACUUGAAUUUGUUUGUUGCACACCAUAUAUAUGUUCCUAAAUUUUCAAUGCAAUUACUUCUUUUA